CAGUUUUCAAUUGGUCAGUUUUGGUGUCGUCAAAGAAACCCAGCGAUGUGGAGCUAGCAUUUGUCAGAGACACGGCUCAACAAUACGCAGAAAAUGGAAACGAGAAGCUUAUUUCAUCAUCUCAAUCCGCCCUGCAGCCACUGGACGUCAAAAAUAUUAAUACUUUGGAUGAAGCUCUUCUUAAAAUUCAAGAGCUAGAGAAGCGUCUGAAGGACAUAGAGUACAGAAUCCCUAAAAAAUAUCCAGAAGUAAAGUUUUUAACUUUCAAAGAUCGCAAGAGGAUUUUGGUAACUGGUGGUGCUGGCUUUGUUGGAUCGCACCUGGUGGACCGACUGAUGAUGGAAGGUCACGAGGUCAUAGUGGUCGACAACUUUUUUACUGGAAGGAAGAGAAAUGUGGAACACUGGAUUGGUCACGAGAACUUCGAACUUAUUCACCACGACAUUGUUAAUCCUCUGUUUAUUGAAGUUGACCAGGUGUACCACUUGGCGAGCCCAGCGUCGCCUCCGCACUACAUGUACAAUCCCGUCAAGACUAUCAAGACUAAUACUGUGGGAACUAUUAAUAUUCUAGGGCUGGCUAAGCGAGUGGGUGCGAGAGUACUGAUUGCCAGCACCUCGGAGGUGUAUGGUGAUCCCGAGGUGCAUCCGCAGACUGAGGCUUACUGGGGCCAUGUUAAUCCUAUUGGUCCUCGUGCCUGUUAUGACGAAGCAAAAAGAGUAUCGGAGACUUUGGCUUAUUCAUACCAUAGACAGGAAAACGUGGAAGUAAGAGUAGCACGUAUUUUUAACACGUAUGGUCCACGUAUGCAUAUGAACGAUGGGAGAGUUGUCUCAAACUUCAUCCUACAGGCACUUACGGGCAAGGAUUUAACUAUUUAUGGCUCAGGGAAGCAAACAAGGUCAUUCCAGUACGUUAGCGACUUGGUUGAUGGACUUAUUAAACUUCAGAACUCCAAUUAUUCAUUACCAGUCAAUAUUGGCAACCCUGAAGAACAUACUAUUGAAGAAUUUGCAAGGAUUAUCCACAAGAUGGUGGGAGGCAAGAGUCCUAUUGUUCAUAAAGAUGCAGUAGAAGAUGAUCCUCAGAGACGUAGGCCAGACAUCACACGGGCCAAUCAUGUGCUUGGUUGGCAGCCCUUAGUUUCACUUCAGACAGGCAUUGAGAAAACUGUACAGUAUUUCCACAGAGAGUUGAGAAGAUCGAAACAUUCUGAAAGAAACCUCCAUAGUCCAGUGGAUGUGAUCGGACGUUGCUAAGGAACAUGUUGCAUCCAUUAAGGUAAUCUGAUGUUGCUUCCAAACAUAACAUUGCAUCCAUUAAGGUGAUCUGAUGUCUCUACCAAACAUAACAUUGCAUCCAUUAAGGUAAUCUGAUGUUGCUACCAAACAUAACAUUGCAUCCAUUAAGGUGAUCUGAUGUUGCUACCAAACACAACAUUGCAGCCAUUAAGGUGAUCUGAUGUUGCUACCAAACAUAACAUUGCAUCCAUUAAGGUGAUCUGAUGUCGCUACCAAACACAACAUUGCAGCCAUUAAGGUGAUCUGAUGUUGCUACCAAACAUAACAUUGCAGCCAUUAAGGUGAUCUGAUGUUGCUACCAAACAUAACAUUGCAUCCAUUAAGGUGAUCUGAUGUCGCUACCAAACAUAACAUUGCAGCCAUUAAGGUGAUCUGAUGUCACUACCAAACACAACAUUGCCUACUGUAAGGUCCUGUAGCGCAAUGGUCAGUGCAGUUUGUUCACAACUGAAAAAUACUGGGCACAAUGACUGCAGAGGACAGGCAGUUGGUCACAUUUCCUUUUGCCUAAUUCGUCUGUUCACCAAGCAGUAUAAAGGUACCCGGGAGUUAGGCGACUUUUAUAUGUUGCAUCAUGGGAAGGUUAGCCAUUGGUCUAGGAGGCUGUUGUUGAGCUUAAGGGGCCCGGUGACAGUGCACCGAAACUUCCUCAAACGCACUCAGUUUUUUAGGUUAAUAAUAUCUUCAGGGUAAAUGCUCCAACUUUUCCUAAUGGAUCAACAUCAUACCAUGAACAGAAGUAUUUAAAAAAAAAAAUUGAAAAAAAUCAGUUUCAAAAUAGCUUUAAAAAUAUUAAAAUGUCACCAAUUAUUUUAUUCAUUAUAGGCUCAGAAUAGCAUAUAAUGUUCAGGUUCCUCACUGAAAAAUAUUGUUGGAGAGUGUUCAGGUUCCUCACUGAAAAAUAUUGUUGGAGAGUAUAGUUUACUGUAAAACAUUUUUUCAAUGUGGCCGUCCAAAUAUGUGCAAAAUUUAGACGCAAAAAAAUGUAUAACUCCAAACGUUAUGUUGACCAGACCACACACUAGAAGUUGAAGGGACGACAAACGUUAUGGCUUUGACUAAACGACAGCGAGGAAGCCUUAGAACUAAGAACUUUGCACAUAUGUAGAAAUGGUGAGACUUGGUCAGAAACUGAAUUUUUGGAGCUGUUUCAAAGUUUCAAUUCCUGUUUUAGAGGUACCUGAAGUUGAAGUUACCCACAAUAAAUAUAGUAGUUCUAAUUAAUGAAUUUUCUUGUAUGUUUUAAUAAAUAUUGCUUGGCUUUCGUACUCGAAUAUGUGAAGGUAAGUUGUAGGUAAGUAUGUGUUGAAAUGAAGUCAAGAAAAAAUAACCCUCCAAAAAACAAAAUAUAGGGAUAGGUUAGGGAUAACAAACACAUAUAUAUUGCAGUAUAUAUAUAUAUUGCAGUAUAUAUAUAUUGCAGUAUAUAUAUAUUGCAGUAACUUUACUGCCCAUGUAUAAGUGAUAAGGCCCUCGUCUGGCCCUCAUUCAUCAAUACAACCUAAAAUGACGAAGAAAAUAGUUUGAAAUCUGUAAAUAAAUUGAUCCCAAAAAAUAAAUCAACUGCCACCUGUGGCUGAUUAAAAUGUUGACCAAUUUUGUUCCAACUAAACAUGCUUAGUGCCGGAUAUGUAUUCUAAAGAUGUAGAAGUCAACAAAAUUCGCAUAGAAACAAAGGAGAGAGAGAAAAAAAAAAAAGUGGUUGUCAGCUUUACAUACAAAGGGACACAAGAAAUAUUGCCAUUGGGCAAUGUAUUUAUAUGAUAUAUAAUAAAAUACAGCAUAAUAACAUAAUAAUUCAUUAUUAUGUGUGAAAUCUGGCCCUCCAGGUUGCACCAGCCGCAUAUACACUUUGUAGACCCCGCCUUACUACUACACGUCUUCUUUGUGCAUUGGACAGGUGCUUACAUCUCUUUAUCCCUGAUUGCCAGUAAAUAAGAGGUGUUAUGGUUAUUAUCAGUACCGGUUGCCGCCCGUUGCGCAUGCAUUUAUUUUUUACAAAUUUGUAAAAAAAUCCAUUUCUUAACAUAUUGGGAUGAAACUUUCAUGACGCCUAUGCAAAAUAAUGGGAGAUUUGUUCAAAAUUGUUCACUAUUUUUAAUUUUUUGGAAAAUACUGUCACCAGGCCCCUUAACAGUCUUCUUGCUCAUGUAAAUGAAAAACUGUUCAUUUGUACUGUACAGUACUGUAUAUCCUUUAGUAAGAUUUGAUGCUGUUAUUUAAACAAACAUAAUUGUUGACAGUUGUUUUCACUGUAUAUCUCUUUGAGAUUUAUCUCUUCAUAGUUAGUUUUGUUAUUUCGUGUUUUCUCUACUCCUAGAUCUCUUCUUGUUCAUAUUAAACAAGUUGGGGCAUAUUCUUUUCACAAUCAUAGUUUUCUGAAGAGUCCUGGUGACUCGGUGAAGUCAUCUCAAUGAGAUUGCUCUUAUCUUCUCACGUCUCUUAUCAUAUUAGUUGUGGGAGUUCUGCUCUGCCACCACCCCGUUGGGAAAGCCUGAGGUGGGCCCAUAGGUACUUUUCACUCAUCUCGGACAUCUGUUCUCU